AUGACUCGAACCGUGGACGAGAUCAAAUACGAAACGCCUUCUUCAUGGGAGCACAAGAGCUUGGACGUUGCCGAGGAUGGCAGGCGACUAGCUCCCCAUUCCGACACUGCUCGUCCGAAAGGCCGCAUACGACGAUCGAUGACUGCCUGUCACACAUGUCGGAAGCUUAAAACUAGAUGUGAUCUAGAUCCGCGCGGUCAUGCGUGCCGUCGCUGUCUAUCUCUAAGAAUCGAUUGUAAGCUGCCUGAAACGACCGAUCGCUUCCAAGACAGUGCUGCGAUGUGGCCAGACGCCACCUCGGCGAUUCCCUCCAUCGAGGAGCGCCUCACCUCCCUAGAAAGAUGCAUGAGGGAGAUGACGGGCAUGAUGCGACAGAUGCUAGAUCACUCCCCAGGUUUCGCAAAUGCCUCGGUUCCGCAUUUGACCAAAAGCAUCAUCACGGAUGAAACCGCCUCGAUGGAGGGAAGCCCGUCGUCCCCCUUCCUGCCUAAGCCCGUUCGCCUCAUUCAGGACCUCCAGUCCGACUUCUUCGGAGAAGCAGAGACUUCCCCCGUUGACUCCCCCCUCUCCAGCGAUGGUAACGCUAAGGGUGCUAUCGACUCUAAGCUAUCCCUCAAAUUGUUGCAAACGUUUGUCGAUCACUUCGGCGCUUGCGUUUCCAUUUACAAUCUCUCCGACAUCCACAACGACAUGAAAGCCCCCGACUCUUUACUGUAUAAUACUGCAUGCCUUCUAGCUUCACGCUAUGUACCGGGGAUACCGACAUCUACCGUGCAUGCUAUAUACCUUCAAGUGCGACAUGCAGUAGUCAAUAUUUUGUGGGAAAAACCACCCCUGAAGUAUGAGACCCUCCAAGCACUUGCACUCCUCUGUCUCUGGCCAGCAACCGCCCAGAAAGAGCCACCCAUGGACAGCUGGCUGCUGAGUGGUAUCUCAAUUAACCAUGCAAUUAUCGCGCUCGAUUUCCUAAACUAUGCGCCCUCGGAAGUCAUGGUGGACAAUGAAACGGCUGCGCAGCUGCGGCUAUGGAAUACAUAUUGCCUGACACAACUACAUUUUGCGGUCGGGAAUGCGCGUCCUUUCCAUAUCCAGCAAAGAUACCUUGACCACUGCCCACGGAUACUGGAGCACCCAGCAGCAACUCUGGAGGACGCAAGGGUUGUAGCAGAAAUACAGUUGUAUUUGAUUACAUUGCGGCUCCAGAGCAAUAGCAGUCGAAUGCGGUUGGCGGACCUUGACUAUGAGGAAAUAGAGCGAUGGAAGAGGGAGUGGGCUCACCUUUUCUCUGGUGAAAGUUCCACAUUGGAGCUGAGCCUUUGGUUCUGCCAGACACUCCUUCACCGCACAGCAAUGAGGCUUCAGCCCAGAUCCGACAGGCUCGCAUCUGAGGUUCUGCAAACCUCACGUCUGAUAAUAUCGCGGUUCCUCCAGAUCCGGUACUCUACCGCAUUAAGCCUUGUAGACCAAGUCUACUUCAUUGUCGGCUACGCCGCACUGAAUCUGUGCGAUUUCAAUCUUAUGGACCCGCUCAUCGAGCAAGUGCAGAUGUUCCUGCUGCAUCUCUCCCCGAACGAAGACCACAUCGCCUACCGGUUUUCGUGCAUGGUCGCCGAGUUCAAGCGGCGAUGUGGCAGUGCGGAAUGCAAUGACCCAUCAUCCACUGUCAAAGGGUCUCCGUUAUCAUCCUACGGCGACAGUCGUAAGAUGAGCAUGGGGCAAGCACCGUUCAUGCCACCGCUCAUGGAUGGCAUGAUCGAGGGGUACGGCUUCGAGCAACUGAUGCCAGAAGUCAUGCCGAGUUCCUUUCCGGAUGGGAUACUCAACGGAAUGCCUGUGACUGGGCUAGCAGCAUAUCGGUCAGCGACGCUGUAA